AUGGCAAUCACCAAGUACCAAAAUUCUGCGUUGUGCAUACAUUGCAGGCUUGCAGCAAUGCACAGAAACUCUCUCAAAUCUCUUAUCUAUUCUCACACUAGUUUCCACACUUCAUCUUCCUCAAUUUCCGUCGAUUUAAACAACCAAAUUCCGACGCUUCCAUUUUCGUCGCUUCAAUGUCGAGCUAUCCUUCAGUCCCUUACCAACUCCAAAUCCUUAAAAACAGGCAAAGCUCUUCAUGCCCUUAUGUUAUCUUCUGGUAUUCUUCAUAAAAACACAAAUUUAAGCACUAAACUUGCUGCAUUUUAUGCAAAUUGUGGAAAAAUGUCAGAAGCCCAGAAAUUUUUUGAUCGAAUUGAGUUUAAAUCUUCGUUUUUAUGGAAUUAUAUGAUUAGGGGUUAUACUGGAUGUGGGUUUUAUCUUAAAUCUGUGUUGUUUUAUCGUAAAAUGAUUAAUUUUGGUGUUCAACCUGAUAAUUUUACAUACCCUUUUGUAAUUAAGGCUUGUGGUGAUUCUUUGCUUGUUGGGUUUGGGAAGAUAAUUCAUGGUGAGGUUGUGAUUAGUGGGUUUGAGUCGGAUGUUUAUGUGGGUAAUUGUUUAUUGGCAAUGUACUCGAAAUUCGGGGAAAUGAGGAAUGCACGGUUAGUGUUCGAUAGAAUGUCUAAGAGAGAUUUGACCUCUUGGAAUACUAUGAUCACUGGGUAUGCAAAGAAUGGUUACUCUAGAGAGGCCUUGUGUAUUUUUGUUUUGUUGCUUAGAUCUCAAUUAAUUCCUGAUUCGACUAGUUUUCUCGGUCUCCUUUCGGCUUGUUCUGAUAUGCAAAUGGUUGAGAAGGGUAAGGAAGUACAUGGCUAUGUUUUACGGAAUAGCUUGUUUAGUUCUAAUAGAUUUUUGACCAAUUCUCUUGUUGAGUUGUAUUGUAAAUGCAAGACAAUGUUGUACGCAAGGCGGUUGUUCGCUGUCUCAUGGAAGGAUUCUGUUACUUGGAAUACAAUGAUUUCAGGUUAUGUACAAAUUGGCAAGGGUUUUGAAGGUUUAAAACUUUUCUGCCAAAUGGUUUCAUAUGGUGAACAGCCGGACUUAGCUACGAUCAUUGCUCUGCUGAGGGCUUGUGAACAGGUCACUGCCAUUGAUUUUGGCAUGUCUAUUCACUCUUAUCUUGUUCAGAAAGGGUUUGGAUGUAGCAUUAUGGCUGCAACUUCUCUUAUAGGUAUGUAUACCCAAUGUGGUAGGCUGUCUUGUUCACAACGUGUUUUUAAUGAAAUAGCAGAGAAAUAUUUGGUUUCUUGGACUGCUAUGAUUUCAGCAUACGGGCACCAUGGGAAAGGAAGGGAAGCUAUUUCAGUUUUUGACCAAAUGCCACGCAGGACUUGUUGA